AAGAAAAAUCAAAACAGCUUGAAGUUCAAGUACAUAUGUUGUCUCUCUUAAAUUCUAACGCAACACUCAAUCCCCAAACAUCUUCGCAACAAUGUCUUGGCUUUUCAAGUCUCUCCAAUCCGACGCUCCAGAUUCGCCACCGCCCCAGCAUGAAGGCGACAGCUCCACCAAUCGAGACGGCGGCGUAAAAGAUGACCUCUCACACAUCGGCGAAACAAUCGGCCGUCAAUUACGUGGAGUCGCAGCUUUUCUGGCGCCACCGCCUUUAACUGCAACCGAACGGCAAUCACAUCCGCCGCCGCAGUCCUCUGAUUCGCCGUUAUCGCCGUCCGCGGCUCUGCUUGGGAUCCGCAACGAUCUUGUGGAAAUCGGUGGCAGCUUCAAGAGUGGACUGUCGCUGCUCUCGCGUAACAAAGCGGUUACUGGAAUCUCCAAAUUCGCCUCCAAUUUGUUGCAGUUUCAAAAUCAAGAUCAAUAUGAUGAUGAGUUUGACGGGGUUCCCGGGAUCACGGAGGAAAUUGUUGAGUUUGUGAAGAAAAUUUCCGAGCGAGCAGAAUGUUGGACCGAAUUUCCAAUGUCCUUAGAUGAUGAUUUUGAAAUGUCUGAUGCUCAGAAAGAUCAUAUUUCCGCUGUUGAACAUCUGGUCCCAAGUUUCAGAGAUCUUAGAAUUCACCUUCACCAUUACUUGGGAGACGGUCAAUUUUGGAUGAUCUAUUUUAUAUUGUUGCUUCCAAGAGUUAAUGACCAUGAUUUUGAGCUUCUGUCAACUCCAAAGAUUAUUGAAACAAGAAAUAUUCUUAUGCAGAAGCUACAAGACGAUAAGACUGCUCAAGUUGAUAACCGUAGCACUAGUGCAUCUGCAGAAAAGGAGGUUACUGAGAUUUUAAGUGCAACACAAGGUCUAGAAAUCAAUGUUGAAGAAAAUACUGAGCGAUGGCUGGAUGGUACAGAUAUCGAUAGUGGCAUUUCUCUAAAUAGCCAACAAAAGAUUGAACACGAAGAGGAUGUCUCAUUCAGUGAUUUGGAAGACGAUGGCAAUGAUCUACCUUCUAGACUAUCAGCCUCUAGGCCAGGACAUGAAGUUAAGGCUAUUUCACGAAGUGGAUCCAAUGAUUGGAUAAAACUAAAUGAUAGUUCUGAUAAUCGGGUUGAUCUAGAGAAGGCACGACAGUCUGCUUCUCGGGAUAAAGACUCAGAAGGUGAAUCAAGCGAUUGGCUUGCAGUUGAUGAAUUUGAUUAGAAAGUUGGCAGCUGUUUGAUAUGCAGCAGAUUUAUUGUAAAGUUUCAAAGAUUAUGAUCUCUUGGAUUGGAUCCCCAGUUCUGUAUUUAUGGGUCUCAACCUUCAUCGGAAGUGUUACUGUUUAAAGUAAUAAUUCAGUCAAUGUCACCUUUUACCUUGCUGGGUUAUGCUAUUACAAUUUAUUUCUGUAUAUACUAAAAAAGACAUCAGAACUUUUCCAACUUGUAUAUUCAAAUUCUUCAUUCUUUCCCGUAAUUGCUUGUUUACUC